AUGGCAGCCAUAUAUCAAAAUGCUUACGUUACGCUUGCUGCUACAGGGUCUUCCGUUAGUGACGAUGGCUUCGUCUCAAACAUAGAAACAGGCAACACAGAGCAUCAAUUUAUCGGUAUAAGUCCAGAUGGGACUAAGUACCCGGUUUAUGCCCGGCCCAAGUUACGCCAUAGCUUUACCGUCGAUGACAAGUCACCAUUAUUGAAGCGGGGCUGGGUAUACCAGGAGCGCCUUCUCUCUCCCCGAAUACUGCAUUUCGGAUCGCAAGAACUAUGGUGGGAGUGUAACAAGACUUGCGAGUGUGAGUGUGGCCAUUAUUGGGGAGAGUAUAUGGAUAUGCCUAAGGAAUUUCACCAUAGUGUGCUCGCAAGUCCUAACCUUGAUCGAUUACCUCAACGAUGGCGCUGUGUUGUAGAGGAGUACUCCCAAUUAAACCUGACCCGAAAAUCAGAUCGCCUACCCGCAUUGUCCGGUAUUGCAAAGCAGUUUCAUCGGAUUCGACCGUGCAGGUAUCUAUUCGGCCUCUGGGAAGAUACUCUAGUUGAGGAUUUAUGUUGGACUACAUACCACCCUUCAAUCUACCAGUCCACGGACAAGCGCGGUCCGUCAUGGUCAUGGGUAUCUGUAGAUGGAGCUGUUGGAUAUCCAGGAAAUGACCAGCUUUGUAUCUUACCUGUUCAUUUCCAAGGAGACAAAUAUUGUCGAGCUUUAAAUGCGCAGUGGACGUCCACUGGACUUGAUACUAUUGGCAAGAUUGGUAGCGGCGCCCUCCUGAUAUCUGCCUGGAUAGUUCACGCGAUUUUAUUGCCAAUUCAAUACGAUUUUGCACACGCUGCACACCCAAAAAGUGUACUAAGCCGCCAGUAUAACAUCAGAGCAUCGAAUGUUAUUGCAUCUUCAUUCAUGGAAGAUCAUCUUCUGUCCGAAAGCGACAAAGUCGACCGGACUAUUUUCUGUAUACUCGACGAAGAAGAUUAUGCGAUAGCACUUAAGUGCAUCGAUUCGGCUAAUAAUGCGUUCGAACGUAUUGGCUUUGCGACUUGGACAAAUAGAGAAAGUGUAUCACAAGAAAGAGAGUGGCAUAGUGAGGGACAGCAACAACUUAUUACUCUCGUGUGA